AUGAAACCAUUCACAGAUGAAGAUGUAGAAAACUUCAUCCAGAGCAAGGUGGAACAGCGACAUUAUCUGGUUUCCAAAGCAGUGGAGGAGGUGCAGAAAAUCAUCCAGCAACUGACCGCAGAAAUCAGCUAUAAGGCCACGCGAUUCCAGGCUAUCUCCAACUCUGGCAUUCACAAUGAGAAUAUUAAGGUCUUAGCACCCAGCCAAUUCCUCAUCACAGUCCCUCUGCGUGGCCUGACAGGGUACAGGGAAUGCCAGGUACGGCACUGGCGUUAUUACACCGUGCAUGGAGCCAAGCUCCUCUCCUCCGUGCGGGACCCUGAGGAAUUGCAUCAAUGGCUAGAGGUGGAGCAGUUCGCAAAAAGCCUUCAGCAGUGGCAUGAAACGGAUGUGAACAUCGAAGGUGAUCUGGUUCCAGCCAAAGUCCUUAUCGUCUUCCGGGAGCUGGUGGAGAAGUCGAUUAUCUCCUGUAACCUCUCCAGUAAAGUGAUGGUGCUGGAGAGCUUCAGCUCAGUGGUCCGGGUGGCUGUGGAGACGUCAGAAUCCCAGGUCGAGGUUGAGCUGGUCCCUGCUGUGGAGAUUCCAACUUGCUGGCCCGAGAAAGCCCGGUGGCCUCGUUGCCUUAAGCGUUGGCCUUCCCAGGAAAAAGUGCAGUGCAUCAAGUCGCUUGGUUUCGACCUUUUGGCCCGCUCCAAUUAUCACUGGCAGCUGUGCUUCUCCCGUGCUGAGCAUAUGCUCAUGGAAGGACUUGAUGAAGAUGGUGGUUGUCGCAUGAAGUGCUUCAGGGUCAUGAGGCAGAUGAAGGAAGAUGUCUGGUGUGCUGGAAAUAAGCCUGUCAUCACAGCUUAUCACCUUCAGACAGUGCUAUUCUGGACGUGUGAAAAAUACCCACGCACCAAGGAUUGGCACUGCUUCCCCGAAGCCUUUCUGAGGCUGGUACAGAAGCUGCACAAGUGUGUAAGCCAGCACUUCCUCAAGCAUUACUUUGUCAAGAACACCAAUCUGCUCAAAUACGCCAACACCAGUGACCUGGACCUGGUGGCCAGCAAGCUCGCAGUCUUCUUGGAGAACCCUGUCUUCUGCCUGGACUAA